AUGGGAGUCUCAAAGCAGCCCCUGCCAAAGAACUGGCCUGAAGGCUUCCCAUACCUCACCUCACCGGUCUACUCCCCGUCCCUGACCAAAACCCAGCUGCUGUCCUGCCGCACCAAGCCACCUGCCGACGGGGAGGUCCUCCGAGAAAUCCCUCGCGAACUCAAGCUCGGGCCCUGCCAACACGUGAAGAUCACACCCAUCAACGACCCCCAGCACCCAGCCUGCGGUCAAGCCGGCCUCUUCGCCGCCCGGGCCCUACCGCCGGGCAGCCUGAUCUUGCCCUACCUGGGCGAGUACCACCCGGCCGACUCGGCGGCACACGCCUCCUCAGACUAUGACCUCUGGCUGGACCGGGACGCGGGCGUCGCAGUAGACGCGGCCAGGAUGGGUAAUGAGGCUAGGUUUGUGAAUGACUACCGCGGUGUACCUGGGGCCGCGAAGCCGAAUGCCGAGUUUUGCGAGGUCUGGGACCUCAGGAGGAGCGAGAAGGGCAUGGCUGUGUUUGUCUUGCCGGUCGGAAAGAAGGCUAAGGGGAAGAGUGGUGGUAUUGCGAAGGGGGAGGAGAUCUUGAUCAGUUAUGGGAAGGGGUUCUGGGAUGAGAGGAGGGAGGAGGCUGGCGAGGAAGAGAUCGAGAGGUCUACGUGA